AUGCCGGCUUCCAGCAGUCGUAGUUAUUCCUCCGGUUCUGACGAAGAUCCCAAAGCUCCCAUAGCUAAGUCGAGAGCCAAGGUAAUUCGCGAUGAGGGAGCAAAGCCCAGCGUACCCUCGAAUGAGCGGAGAGUUACUUUCGCCGAACUCAUGAAAAGAAAAGCCGAAGACGAUGAUAAAGAUACUCGUCAGCGCACAAAGGAUCGAAUCCGACGCAAAAUACAGAGAGCCGAGGAAAAACGCCAAUUCUUGGACGGGGUACCCUCUGAUUCUGAUGCUGAUGCUUCCGAAGAAGAAACCACCUCGGCUGAAGCGGAAGAAGAUUCAGAUUCAGAUGAUGAUUUUUAUGUUCAUCCAGACAUCACCAAUAAUCAUGACAGUGAUUCCGAAGAAAAGGAUUCCGAGAAGGAUAGUGAUGAAAACUCUGAGAAAGACAGUGAUGACGAAUCUGACAACUCAUAUGGAUCUGACAAGUAG